AUGGCUUUCGUUUUUCUUGUGCUUCCAGCUAUCAUGCUGUUGGCGGCACUUUUUGCUUUGAUUUGCACCACACUCGUUUUCAUCACAGCGUGGUUUAUACUUGAUAUUAUCAAUGAGAAUUCGCCAUAUCACCAUGUAGACAAGUCCUUGGCCAAUAAAUACCCGACCAACAAACCUUUAUCUAUCGAGGAUACUCCUGCUAUACAUUCUCUUAACGACGAUGUAGUAUACUACAUCGCCUGUACUCUUCCACCUGUUGACGCGGCUUCAUUCGUGCUGAGUUGCAGGGCUAUUUGGCAAGCUACUACAGGUCAAAACUUCCUCAAUAAAUUGUACAAACUACCCAAGGGUCGCCUAAGGCUCCUCGAAAGACUAGAAGAGGAUUUCCCUCUACAUGUGCUCUGCUAUCGUUGUGAGAAGUUUCACUGUCGAUGCAGCCAACUACCACCGCUGCUGAAGUCUGCUGAAUGCGAUCUAGACAGUGGGGUUUUCUUUCUUGGGUCCCCUUGCGAGGACUUGGCUACUACGUAUUUCACAUACAGGCAGGCCAAGGAGAUCAUGAACCAUUAUCGGUUUGGUCCUGCCAAUGGACGUGGCGCAACUGACGUUAUAAACCACCAUACUUUUACUCAGCUGGAUGAGACCUUCCAGACAAGAACUGCGUGGAGUUUUGAUGUUAAGCUUAUCAACAACAUGUUGGUUCUCAAGCAGGAUACAUGGGUUGUAUACUUGUACAACUGUGAUAAGAGUAUGGACCAUGCAGUGCAGAUAUGUGGGCACUGGGGUGAGCAUCUACUAUAUGGAAUUGAAGAUAUCAGCCGUGAGUCACAUCAAUGCUACCGGUGUCCUUACAGCUUGUCCGAGAGAGAACUGCGCAUUUACCACCUAAAACAAUUACCUGGCCAUGCUUUACUCCACAGCACCCUAUGGGAAAACCUCGGAUCUUGCCGAAAUACGGGCUCGAAUUUGUGGAAUCAUGCAUCAUGGGGAAUGCCCUGUACCUCCCAUCCUCUCAAGAUCACCCCUGAGGAAACGAAAUACCGACAAUAUUUCGACAACGAGUUGCCGCGUCGAGAUUGCUGGGGCAGGCGGAUAACUAUAUUAGAUGUCAACUGCUCUUUUAAACUGAAGCCGAUGCUUGAUGUCGUGGAAACCCAUCCCGGCAACAAGUGGUCCUGGAUAAGUCGGUUCUUUCGUUGUUCCGAAUAA